AUGGCGAGCAGGCGCCUGCCGACCCCCGCCGUCGGAGCAGCAGCUCCGGUCUCUCUCAGCGACGAGUCUGUGGGGCAGCGAGCGCGCCACGCGCCUCACGUCCACGCGCGCCCGCGAGCAGCGCGCAUGCGCGGACUCCACCCCCGCCGCUCCUUCCGGGCUGCGCUACCGCCGGCCCAUUUCCGUUCAUGGAACCACCAUGCCGUUGACCCCGGCACCUCCACCAACCCGCGGCCGGCGGGAGGCGGUAGGCUCCGCCCCCCUGCGCCGAUUGGUCCGCGACGUCGGCGGGCGUGCCGCGAGAUACCUGACGGAUGGAGGCGUCUCAGGGCGUCUCGGCUCUGUUGGGCGCAGCGCGGCAUGGCAGGUGGCGGCGGGUUCUGCGCCUUCUGGCAGCGGGCAGCGGGCCCGCGGGAGCAGCGCCUGCUGGAGCUGCUCUCCUACGGGCUGGUGGCGCUGGGCGCUGUCUCGGCGCUGCUGCUGCGAUUCAUCCCCAUGCCCUACGGCCGCUACUCGUCGCGGCGCUUCGGUUGGCUCCUGCCCGCCCGGCCAGCUUGGCUGCUGCAGGAGCUGCCCGCGCUCCUCGUCCCGCUCGCGCUGGCCGCCUGCAUCCCCGUCUGGCGGCUGCCCAACGCCGUCCUGCUGGGCUGCUUCAUCCUGCACUACGUGCACAGGUGCGGGCGGUCAGGGCGGCUCUCCGGGGUGCUGCGCGCUAUCGGAUCUCGGCGGGCACUCAUAUUUCCUUUUCUGAUCCGGCAAGGAAAGCCGACACCAUUUUUCACCUUCCUACUAGCACUUCUCUUCUGUAUAUACAAUGGAUACUUGCAAGGCCGAAGCUUAAGCACCUAUGCAGAGUACCCUUCAGACUGGUUAAAGCAUCCUUGUUUCAUUGCAGGUUUCAUGGGGUGGCUGAUCGGCAUGGCAAUCAAUAUUCAUUCUGAUCAUAUCCUUAGAAAUCUGAGAAAACCUGGAGAAACUGGUUACAAAAUACCAAGAGGAGGAAUGUUUGAAUAUGUCAGCGGAGCCAACUUCUUUGGAGAGAUCCUGGAAUGGUUUGGAUUUGCCCUUGCCUGCUGCACUACUGAAAGCCUUGCAUUUGCACUGUGUACACUUUUCAUUUUGGGUUCAAGGGCAAAGCAACACCACCAAUGGUACCUUGAGAAAUUUGAAGACUACCCAAAGAAUAGAAAAAUUGUGAUUCCAUUUGUGUAUUAGUCUAUUAUUUAAAUACCAUCAGGUUCUGAUAGUAGCACCAUUUUUAAGCGGUUACCUCUUGGAACAAGUAGCACUUCACGAGUGUUACCCAGCUAAUGUACUGCCACCACUGUAACAAAGCCUUUGUAUCAGUGCUAUUAGUUACUGCUUUUCCUUGUAAUGAAAACCCCAAACUCAGUGGGCAUGGUGAACAGGAACAGAAGUGCUUUUGCAGUGGCAUGUCACCAUGGCACGUAAGACAUCUGCAUUCAUACUGUGGAAACUAUUGUGCAGGAUUUCUGAUGCCUUCAGAUUCAGCCUACAGUUUUCUGGUGUUCUCAUCUGAGGAUUGUGCUAUGACACAGUCACCGUCAGUGUAUGAUUUGGCUGCUGUGUUCAGCCUUCUACUUGUCUGCAUACACCUAUGGGAUUGAUUUGAUUGCCUUUCUAAUUCUUUCUUCCCUUUGCCCUCUGUUCCCAGGAGAUCAGAUGCAGACCAAAGACAUUAAAUUAAUAUAGUUACUGUGGGAUGAGAGAUGUUCUUCAUCCUCUGCGCUCCUGUGCAGAUAUGAACAAAACAGAGAUAAAACUUAAUGCUGUUUACAUUGAUAGCUAUAGCAGUGCCUUUUCCAAAUAACAGUUAUAACAAAUAACAAAUAACAAUUUUAAACAUCUACCUCUCAAUUUCAUAACCAUCUCAAAUAAUACUCAACAUGCAUUUUCUGCUCAAUAUUAUUUUAGAGGGCAUUAUUUGGUAGGGAUGUUUAAUACAGUCUAGCAUGGUUAAUGGUUCUUUUUAAUGUUCUGUAGAUUUUGCUUACUAUGGGGUUUUAAAAAAAAGCCUAUUCUUAUUGAUAGUGAGCUAGAUUAUUUUAUAUUCAAAAAAAAUGGAAACUUAUAGAGCUUGUUUCUUGUUUUAUCAAUAUUCUUGCUCUGAUAUAUUUUUAUUCUGAAGGACUCUGAUGGUAUUUCAAAGACACAAUGGAAUCUCAGGUAUACUGACUCUUAAGUUUGCACAUAUUUGUGUCCUUUGCAUAUUUGUGAUAUUAAGUAACUUUUUAGAGUUGGAGAAAAGUCAAUUUUUUCUGCAGAAACCAUAAAGGAAAAAAAAAAGCUCUCUGCACAUGUACUUGGGAAAUCUUUCUUCAGGACAAACUGAUAAUAUAAUUCCACUGAACACUGAGUUCUCCAGUCUUCCAUCAAGCUUUGUUCAGAGCUCAAAAUUCUUUUUUUUUUGGUAUGAAUUACUCUAUCAACUGAGAAAUCAGAGUAAUACAAGGGAAGAACUUUUACCUUAAUGUUUUUUAGAUUAUGUAUAUAUAUACAUAUAUAUAUAUAUACAUUUUAAAUAUUUCCAGGAAAUAGGCUGUGAAAAAGUGCUUUGCCUCUCAAACUUCUGCUUAACAGCAGUUUCUUCCUGCUCUCCUUGGCACAGCUUAUACAGUACUUAGCGCACUGAAGCCUUGGCUAUCAUUAUGGAUUUGUUCAGGGGUAUAAAGAAGCGUAACACAUUCUAUUAUUAUUGACUGAAAUAGUCAGAGGAAGGAGGGGAGCAAAACUGUUGUUCGCGUUGCAAUGAUAAUCUGCCCAACAGCUGAGCCAUCAGACUGUCAGCUGCUCAUCAUAGUGGUUAUGACCAUUGACCAAUGAUGACCAUGACCAUAUGACCAAUAAUGCUCACUUCCAACAUCCAGGAAGCUCAGCUGAGGGAGAAUCUAGGAAUACCCAUUCCUUUGAAGCCAGUGUCAGUUGUGUAUGGCUUGAUUCUCAAAUUGUAUAAUCUUUUUUAUCUUUUUUUAAUGUUUACAUCUUUUCCAUUUUUUUAAUCACACUAAUAUCACACUUGAUCCUAGCUGUUUUGAUCACUUACAGUGUAGUCUGAAGAGAAUUUCAGAGACUGUCUGAUAUAUCCAGGUAUUUGUAAGCCAUAUUGCACCCUUGUGGCAGUUCUUAAAUAUUGGUAUCUGAACAUUCCAGCUAUCAGGAUCCCUUUUAGAAGAGCAAAGUGCAUCAACAUCUAAUCUAAAUGUUUAAGUACUUGCGUGGUUUACAGUCAACUAGUAUUUGUAUUUUGGGUCUUAGUUAAAAAAGCACUAAUGGGACAAAUAACUGGUUUGUCCCAUUGUAGCCAAUGACAUUGUAGCCAAUGACUUGGCUACAGCAACUUAACCUGUGAUUCCUCUUUGUUCUACUCCCUCUAAUGAAAAGGUGAAGAUUCAAGAGAUGUGUGACUGUUUGUAGGUGGUAGUCUUCUAUUGUAGUUCACAGGAAAUUUCUACUGAUGCAUCAAUUUUGCUCUGAUUCUAUGCUGCUAAAUAUUUAUAUUAUUUAAAAGUUUAGCUUAUUUCGCUCGGUGUUAAUUUAUGGUUUGCCUGAAGCAGAAUGGAGAUCUGAGACACAUGGUCCUCCGAGGAGCUUACUGAUGUUCUAGUUAACUGGGAUAUUAAAAAUAAAAUGUAAACAAAGAACAA